AGCACUACAGCCCAUCAUGUUUCAAAAUGGGCCGAAAACUCAAAAGAAGGUGGACAGGGGUGAUUUGGUAAAAACAGGAAUCGGGUUGUCUAUUCUUAGACCGCAGCCGCGUGCAAAGCAAAGCAUCACUGCCCUCUUCCUUGGUUCUCAAACAGAGAUAGUGUUUGCUUGGAAGUUGAGCUGAGAAAGAGACAGAGAGAGAAGAGGCUGGAAUGGAAGGCUACAAGCCUCCGGCAGAUUUUGAAGAGAAUGCUAAAGACCCACUGCUCGAUUUCAACGUGAACGAUUCUACUGAGCUUUGGCUCAUUCAGUGGCCUAAAAAUCAAAAUCCAGAUUAUGAUGGGAAAGAGCUGUCGCUUCAGCUUCAUGGUGAUGGAAAGUUGGGCAGUUUUGAAGGCGCAUCUGGGAAAGAAUAUGACCUGGUCAGUUCCUCAACUCAACAGUCAAAUGCUACAGUUUUUGUAUCUUCUGCCUCUGGCACAAAAAUUGCUGGGAAGAUUUCACGGCGAGUUUCUCUGGUGCAUUUCCCCGAGCCUAGUGAGCUUCAAGAGCGUCAAGAGCUUCAAAUGGCAAAAUUCCGAAAAAAGAAUCAGAUAUCGUCCUCAAUGGCAUUAACCCAUUCUUCCCAGAAAACUCCUUCACGCAGUACGAGAACUACAACUACUGCAACUCCUACUCAAAGUACGUUUCAGAGAAGUUCGCGACCAAUAAAUGGACGCGCAUCCUCCCCUCAUAGUAGUGAACAUAAAAGUUCUGUUAGUGAAGCUGGGGAGCAAUCACAGCUUCGGAACAAACGGCAUGCUUCCCCAGGUGGAAGUCAUAGUGGCGUUACUUCAUCAGGACAAGGUCGUAGUUCUACUACUACUUCCUCAGGAGAAAGGUCAUCAAAGAAGAUCAAGGAAAAACAUAAAAGAUGAGAUGGCAAAUCUCUUAAGGUUUUUGCCAAAUGCAUCAUGCAAGUUUGAAUCUUGAUGGUGGAUGAAGUAACCAGAUCCUGUCUGCUGCUUCUGGGUUUUGUUAGACACUUGAAGCAGCAUUACGAUGUGUCAAAGCUUCUUGCCGCCAAAGCUUCAUGAUUUAAUACAGUUUCCAGUUCAAACACCUCAGGCAAGGAGAAAGCAUACAUGCUUUGUUCAUUCUACUGUUUGAACUUUCUUAGUGUUGUAGCAAGUUAAUUUUUUCUUCUAUUCGGUUACCGAAUGCCUCUGCCAAAUUUAUCUAGAAAUUUGUUCUCAUGUGGUGUGUAACAUUAUGCACGCAGAAGGUGUGAGGUUUGUUAUGUUGGUCAUUGUAUUAUUACAGUCGAAGAAUCGGUUUGUGAUUUGGGUUUCUCAUAGAUAACUGGUUACAAACUCUCUUUUGUCA